AUGGAUCUCCCGAUCUCGAUCUGCGAGAUUAAAGUUGAGCGGGACUCUGCGGAGCAACUAUGCGACAGCAGAAUUGCUGAGGAAAACUUGGUUAAAGUUGAGGUGAAUCACCACAUGGAACUCGAUAAUAAGAAAGGAUACCAAGGAAAUAUAUUGAAGACCUUCAAGCUCUAUGAAUCAUCAGGGGAAAAUCUGCGAUGGUGGGAUGCGGAGUAUGGUACUUACGUUCAGUCAGAGGAGUACCAUUCUCAGGAACCUAUGAGUGGUGGGGCGGCAUUCAAAGCCAAACCAGAGAAAAAGCUCGUUACCCUUCUCUUAACUGCAGUUGUGAAAGUAUUUUUCUUCUAUACUUUCACAACGAGAUAUAAAGCACUAUCUGCAAUGAUUCGAGGAUCCAUAUUCCGGGAGUUGGUGAAUGGCAUUGGUGGUGAUAGUGUAUGCGACAAGUUGAUCAAAAGACAAUCGACGUUAAUACGUUGUUGGUUCCAUGAGGGUGCCGAGUAUUUCAUGAACCAUUUGUGGAAGCAUGGCACGGAUGGAUCGAAAUUAAGCGCAGCACAGACCACCACAUUUUUAUCGCGCGCAUUCAACAAUUCGAUUUCUUUUCAAAGUUCCUGGGCUAAAACUCUCAUUCAAGUAUAUAUCAAGGCAUGGGGAAGCUCGCAGCAUUUGGACCAGAAGAAACGUCGGCAGAUGAUUGAUGAAGCACUCCGAAAAGCUCUCGAUGAGGCAGGGAAUCCAGAUCCUUUACUCGUACCUCUUUCUGUCAACUUUGGACACAAUAAGCGCGCUUACGGCACAUCGAGCUGCAAAGGGGUUAUUCUAUCGAGGAUAGUUACAUUUUUAUUCGUAUCUGGAGAGACAUGGGCGCGUGGAGCAUUUCUUUGA